UAUAAUCAAGUCUUCCAUCUCUCUUGUCGCAUAAAAGUAGAGAACCCAAUCAUCAUGUCGAUCAAGAGUGUUUCUCUCCUAGUGGUUAUCUUAUGCAUUGCAGCCUCCGCUAAUGCUCAGCUACCGCAGUUCCCCCCGUUCCCAUUUCCAUUUCCAAAUCUAUUUUAUCCGAGUCCCGGUAUGCCCGGAAUGCCCGGUAUGCCCAGAAUGCCAGACAUAACCAAAUGUUGGUCGUCGUUUAUGGAUUGGCCAGGAUGCUUUGCAGAGAUCAGACAAGCCGUAAUAACCCACAACUUUGGCAGUAUAGGUCCAGCUUGUUGUAAAGCUUUUCUAGACCAUGAAGUUAACUGCAACCCGUUUUUCCCACCUAUGCUAAAACAACUAUGCGUCAAAAGUGCUGGUCCUCCAACCACCGCACCCUAGGAUCGAUGCAACAAGUAGUUUGUUAAUUAUGUGAAACAUUAUAAUUUUCAAAAUUUGUGUUAGUUCCAAAAUGUUUUAGAAAAUUAAGAAGACGACAGGAUGAUUUUAUAAUAAUAAAAAUGUCAUCCUUUUUAUAUCUUGGUCAAUUAUAAAAUCUGAUAACUAUUUCAUCUGUCC